CUAGCCCGGGUCGGAAGGAAGGUGGCAGAUGCGCAGCGCUGCGCAUGCGCGGGCACCGCUCCCGGGGGGAAGGGUUGAGAACCGGACCCGGGUGGCCGGCUGGGCUCAGAGCGGAGCAGGGUCAGGAUGGACGAGGACGUGCUGACUACCCUGAAGAUCCUCAUCAUCGGCGAGAGUGGCGUGGGCAAGUCCAGCCUGCUCUUGAGGUUCACAGAUGAUACUUUCGAUCCAGAACUUGCAGCGACGAUAGGUGUUGACUUUAAGGUGAAAACGAUUUCAGUGGAUGGAAAUAAGGCUAAACUUGCAAUUUGGGAUACUGCUGGUCAAGAAAGGUUCAGAACAUUAACUCCGAGCUAUUAUAGAGGUGCACAGGGUGUUAUAUUAGUUUAUGAUGUCACAAGAAGAGAUACCUUUGUUAAAUUGGAUAAUUGGUUAAAUGAAUUGGAAACAUACUGCACGAGAAAUGACAUAGUAAACAUGCUAGUUGGAAAUAAAAUUGAUAAGGAAAAUCGUGAGGUUGAUAGAAAUGAAGGCCUGAAAUUUGCACGAAAACAUUCCAUGUUAUUUAUAGAGGCAAGUGCAAAAACCUGUGAUGGUGUACAGUGUGCCUUUGAGGAACUUGUUGAAAAGAUCAUUCAGACACCUGGACUGUGGGAAAGUGAGAACCAGAAUAAAGGAGUCAAACUGACACACAGGGAAGAAGGCCCUGGAGGAGGGGCCUGUGGUGGUUACUGUUCUAUGUUAUAAACUCUGGGAAACUCCAUCUCUUGCGUAUUUGAUCAGAUAGUGACAUCUUUCUGUAUAUAAACUCUUUAACUGCUAUUUUAGGGACCUUGCAGUUUGCACAUAUUUGUUUUGUAUCAUGGCAGUAAAUACUUGCAAGAAAUCCCGCUCAUCGGCUUUCCCAGGUAAAAUGUUAUGGUAAGCAUGCAUAGUUUGCAGUCUAUAGGUUUUUAUGUAACAUAAAAUAGGUGUACUUUUACAAGUACAUUUGAUUUUAUGAUUUACAUUUAUCAUGUGAUUAAAAAAAAAUCCACCUAUCUAGUAUAUGUUGAUACAAGGUCUACUUUUGGUCUCCUCUUUGCUUAAAAACUCCUAUCAAUUACUGAAUUAAUUGGUAUGUAGAGCUCCCAGAACCACUGGGAGAUAUUCAGGUAUCAUCAGACCUGGCAGAUUUCCUUUCAGGAAUAACACAGAGCAUGAUUACACAGCUUUUGUAGGAUGUUUGCUGACCGAUUCUCUUUUAGUACUAAACAAAAUUCUCUUGACAGGCCGCAGUCCAGGUCAAUUUAUAAUUAAAUCUCUGUUCUGAUGAUGCUUCUAAAAUAGCAUUGACAUAUUACAAAGUUUGGCCUCACUUUUAAAUUUUCUUCAAGCUCAGUUGCUUAACUGGAGUUUUAACUCUGGUUACCUACGUUGGAUUCUGACCCUUUGUGCAGCAUUUUUAGUUAUGUGGUGUUUGGCAGAAUGGCAAUAAGGUUUUCCCCCAUUUUGGUUUGGGAAGGAUGCGAAUAGUGUGUUUAUGUAACUGGUGUAGUACUUAGCAAUGUAAACCGACACCUUCUCCCAUAAUGCUGGUGGUGUUUGUCCGGGUACCUCAUUUGUAGCUUGUAUAAUGUUUAUGAACAUCUGUAUCUCAUGACUUCCCUAAAUGGCUAGUUGCUAUUCAGAAACCUGUCUCUGUGUUUUGAGGGUUGGGAAAAGAACACUAAAUGACAAUUUGAGAAAGACCUAUUGUUUCCAGAUUUUGAUGUGUGUUGGAAAAUACUGUUGCAAUGGACAUCUUGGUAAUUUACUGUAACAAGUAGCCAAUAGUUUAUCAAAACCAACUUGUACAGACUAAUAAAUCUUUUCCACAGUA